AUGACUACGACAAUACAAUUAUGUUUCUCAAAUAUCGUUCCAAGACGUAUGAAGAAAAAGCUACGCAUACGUGUUCUUUAUCUCCUGAUAUUAACUAGUACGAUUGUGGUUUUCAGUGGAAAUGCUUUAAUUCGACCAAGAAUAGAUAAUUCUGUUAUUUCGACACAAGUGCAAGCGUCGAACACUACAUCCACUAAAACUGAUUAUCGCCUAUUUUCUGGAAAAAAAAUUAGAUUAUUUAAUCAUGAAUAUAAUGACAAUCGAAAAAACAAAACAUGGCAACAAGAAAUUCAACAAUUCCUCACUCGAACAUCUCCACAAUUCAGGAACAAAUCAAUCUGUGGAACACAUAAUUGGGCUGUUGUUGUCAACUUUUCAAAUAGUGUUCUUGACACAGCGAAACGACUUUCCAAAUGGUGUGUCGUUAUUGUCGUUAAAGAUCGACCGAAUAAUGUCAAACUUACUGAAAAUAUAUUCUUUCUGAAUGUCACAAUUCAGAAUGAACUCGCAAAAAUAUCUCCAUUUUACAAAGCUUCUCUUCUCUAUGCCAAGCAACAUCAUAUCGUACAGAAGAAUCUAGGCUAUCUUUGGGCAAUUCUUCAUGGAGCAACAAUGAUAUGGGAUUUUGAUAAUGAUAACGAACUGAUUGUUAAUGAAAGUACAUUUUCUACUUCGCUAAAUGAAACAAUAGAAGCGUUAACUGUACCAAAUCAUAACAGUACAUUGUUUAAUCCAUACUCAUUUUUUGUAUCAAACACAAAGAAGCUUUGGCCACGAGGAUAUCCAUCUCAAUCAAUCAAUGAUUCAUCGAAUCAAAUCAUUUCGACACAAACACUACGUGGUCUUUGGCCAACAAAAAACAUUGGAAUUAUUCACUCUCUUACAGAAUGUCAAGUUGAUGUAGAUUCAGUCUACAAAUCGGUUGUACCUGGAUUUCCGUUACGUUUUCAAAAGAUCUCAAAUGAUCGUAACAAAGAUGUGAAACUAAUCGCUCCUCGUCGUACAUUUUCUCCAUAUAGUAAAAAAUCAACUCUUCAUCUUCGAUCCAGUUUGUGGACUCUAUUAUUACCAGUUACUGUUUCUCAACAAAUAUCUGAUAUUUGGCGCAGUUAUGUUAUGCAGAGAUUAAUGUGGGAUGUGGGUCUUCAAACAGCGUUUGCUGGCUCUUAUAGUAUUAAGAAACAUGUUGAUCAUAACGAACACGAGUUGGAGAAAGAAUUUUAUUGGAAAAUCGAUAACCUCAUUGAAUAUUUGACUCAAUGGUCAAGUACUGAGACGAGUUUUACAAGGCGUGUCAAACAAUUAUUUAUUAGUCUUUAUCAACAUGGUUAUAUAGAAUUGAUUGAUGUCCAUCUUAUUCAACUUUGGCUUGAAGAAUUACAUUUGAUCGGAUAUACUUUUCCUGAAAUUCCUUUAAAAUAUACUUUGGUUGUUCGUACAUUUGCUGGCCAUCUAUACAGGAUGAAUAAGUGGUACAUUCCAACAGUGAACAUGUUUGCGGAUAGAAAUACGAUUGAUGUCUUAUUUGUUCUUGAUGAUGAAUCACGAGAAGAUCACAUAUUGGGAGAUUGUUUAAAAGAGCAUAACUAUUCUGUCAAAUACGAAGCUUCACCAGCAUUUACUAAAACAAAAGGUAAUAUUAAAGGUUACGAUCGACAACAAUGGUCAACAUUUUAUAUGGAUUAUUUAUCGAAUAGUGAUUAUAUUGGCGUGAUCGAUGCUGAUGGAAUGCUUUAUUCAUUUAUGCAUCCAUUCUAUAGUAUUUUUGCAUCGAACGAUGACAAACGUAUCAUGUUAAAGCCAAUGGCUGGAGAUCAUUAUCACGAAGAUAAGUUGGCUUUAAAAUUUGACAACACUCUGGAUUUUAUGUGGACUAAUCGUAUGCCAAUGUGGUAUCGAUGGGAAACAUAUCAGAAUCUUCGUAAUUACAUAUCAUUAGCAUGGAAUGGAUCCAGUUUCGAUGACGCUUUUAUAGAAUUUUCCAAAAAUCAACGAUAUAGUCAAUUUACCAUCCUAUCAACAUAUGCAUCAUUAUUUGAAUCGAACUAUUAUCGUAUUAUUAUGAACAAUGAUACACGAGGUGCAGUCAGUGUUGGAAGUAAUCGUGGUCGAGAGACAGAUAUUCGUGUUGGAUGUUGUCGUUCAUUUCAUAUUGGUUGUAAUGAUACAUCAUUACCAGAACUAAACAAAGAUCAUUUAUUAAGAUAUGAUAAUACAGAAUUUGUAGCUGUUGAUGCAACGGAAAAAAAUGAUGCUUACUAUGCAUAUGUGCAUGAAUAUUUGAAACAAAUGCCUUCAUAUAUGGUGUCGAAUAUGAAAAAAAGUUGUGAAUUAUUUUUGAACAAUAAAUCAAUUCCUAUAUGUGUUUAA